AUGGCGGCCCCGGCGGUGCGACGGCUUUCCAUACCCACGAUGAAGACCUUCCGCGCGGCCACCUCGGCUGAGAUGCUGUCUCGUGUGUUUUGGCACCUAUUUCGCAUCACCAUAUCCUUUGCCCUCUUGUUCGUCGACAAUACGAUCCUACUAGCAACCGCAGUGUGGGCCCGUUUGCGGGCGGCCGCAAGUCGAUAUCGGGCAGCACUGCCCAAGAACCAAUUCUGUCCCCAAACCGUCCUCAUCACUGGAGUCGGUACACCGCAUGGCCUGGCCCUUGCACGCGCCUGGGAUGCCGAAGGCCACCGGGUUGUCGGGGUCGAUGUCGCAGAUCUGGAUCUUCCCGUUCGGUCGGGCGGCAGCAUGUCGAAUGCCCUGCUGGCAUUCUAUCGGGUCCCGAAGGACCAUUACAUCUCGGGCGUCUUGGACAUCAUCCAUCGGGAGAAAGUCGAUCUCUGGAUCCCCUGCUCUCCCAAGGCCACUGCCAUUGAAGACGCUACCGCCCGCCAAGUUAUCGAAAGUCGAACAGCAUGUCGGUGUAUUGCCUUUGACGCUGACCUCACAGCACGUCUUGUACACCCGGAUUCCUUCCGUCAGUUCUUGACUGACAAGGAGCUCCCAGUGCUGGAGCGUCAUGAGGUCCAGUCACGAGACGCCAUCCACAAGAUCCUGAAUCGUGCCCCGUCCAAGUCUUACCAUAUGCGACGACUCAGUUCCGACGCAAACGACGCCGCUGUGGUGUUGCCCAAACGCACUCUCAGUAAGACCUACUCGGAGGUGAGCGAGAUUCAGAUCUCCAAAGACUAUCCUUGGAUCCUCCAGCAACAGAUCCGAUUUGGUGAAUUUUUUGCCGAUGUGCUGGUCGUGCGGGGCCAUGUCCAUGCUAUCAAAGUCCGGCUGGUGGAAACGCGUGCUCCUCACUGGGGCGCCUCACGUCUCGAUGAAGCUCUUGCCACUGCGGUCCAUCAACUCAUGCAACGCUUUACGGCGAGAGGAGGGCCCCGAAUGACUGGCCACUUGUCGGUGCGACUCUUGAUUGACGAGGAGUUCGAUGCCUCCUCGGUGCGACACGCCAUCCACAUCGCCGACUGUGUACCCGGGGCUCAGGCCGUUGAGAAUCUACUGCGGGAUGCGCGCUGCCCGGUGGCCGGGUACCUUGCGCUUCUGUCACCCGACCGCGUCGCGCCUGCUGCAUGGAACGUGCCGGCGACCUUAUCGCCCCCUUUCCAGCCUCGUUCGGCCUUUGUCAACCAUGAACUUGUGAUUGGUUUUCUCUCAUGCUUUAUGCCUGCGGUUCUGGUGAAGAACGCGGUUACCACUCUCGAGGCUGAACUCACCCCUUUUUUUUCUGGAGAGAUCCUCGAUUUUCCGCUCUAG